CAAUCUCUUGGGCUCAAGUGAUCCUCCCACCUCAGCCUUCCAUGUAGCUGGGACCACAGGCACAUGCCACCACGCCCAGCUAAUUUUUUAUUUUUUCGUAGAGACGGGAUCUUACUCUGUUGCCCAGGCUGGUGGGGAUGGUUUUUAUUAUUAAAUUACUAGGCUGAUAACCAAUAGUCAUUAUGAAAACAUAAUUCCUCAAAACUCUUAGAGCAGCUUAAUUCAUUAGGUUUACCAUUUUGUUAUGCCCUAAUUUGUACAGACUCUUAAAGAGAUAUCUUAUGUCUGAUCUGUACUGGCAACCAGGCGGUUGUCCCUGGUUCUGGGUCCCCCAGGAAAGGUGUCCAGCUAAUCCUGGGAAAUGCUCAAGGCUCAAAUGCACAUGGUCAGUUCUUAAGUCCCCUGGAAGCAGCAAGACAAACAGUGGCCUGACCACUGCCCUCAGCCGUCAGUCUGUCCUUUUGUGACCCCCUCUUUUGGGGCUCCUUUGAUGUGCAUUUUAAUCUGAUAAUACCCAGAUGGAAAUGCUGGGCAGGGAAGUUUACAUUGUGAUACACUGGAACCACACCUUUUAAGGACCUAGUCAAAGCUAUUAGGCAAGAACAGAGUCAUAGUUACCGCCCAAGCAGCUCUGCCCACUGUCUGGAGGAGAAAGAAAAGGUGAGACUAGAGAAGACUGAUAUAUGCAGGUGAAGGGAUGGGAUUACCCCAGAGUGGAGAAGGAAAGUAGUACCUACUUUAAUAAAGGAGCAUUGUUGGAGUAAACAUAGUUAUUAAUUGUGGUAUGUAACAGUAUAUUUGCAAACACGAUUGCCCAGAAAAAAAAAAUCUAGGUUGGGUGUUCACUGUGGGUAUAAUGCCAGGUACACCAGCAGUCUAUGCCAGUGGGAAGUAAAGCAGCCUGGAUGGUAUUUUCUCUUUGGCUGGUUUCCCCUGGUUGACCUCUUCUCAGCCUUCAGAUGUCAGUCCACACAUCCCUUCCUCAGGGAAGCCUUCCCAGACCAUCCCAAACUAGGCCUGGUCCCCUUUACACAUUUCCAUAGUGCCUGUGCCUUCCCAGCCCAGUGUGCACAUCACACAGCCAUCAGUCACCUGUUCGAAUGAUCCUUCAGUGUGUCUGCCUGGCCAAACUCUGUGCCUUUUGAGGACACAGCGAUGUUGAUGUACCUAAAAGUCUGACUUGGGAGGAGUGGGGAGAACAUUUAUUUCCCUGAGGAUGUUCUCCAAAAAUGAUAUCUUUCUUAACAUGUUUAAUAGUAAGUUGGCAUGAGGACUUAAAAUUCUGAAGCCACUUUGGUAGAAGCAGUAGGAAAGCAUGUUUUUGACAUAUAAGGAGAAGGUGAUCAGAGGGUGGUGACAGCGGUAAGUCCGCUCUACCCCAUGCGCCCCACAGCCACAAGGGGCAGCUCUCCCCUUUGACCUCUCUGCACCGCUCCCCCAUCACUGAACCCUGCCUCCAGGAAUCCCUUAGGGUAGUUAUUCCAUCAGUAUUUGAACAAAGAUGCAAAUACAUAUGGGAAACUGAUAGGACAGCUCAAAUAAUUAAGGAACUACAAAAUGGAGGUGAGGUGUGAUUUCUCCUGUGUUUUCCUAUAGUGGUCUUUAAAGCACUCCAGGGUAUGAUCGAUUAUUUGUGUAGGGUUGGGAUGUCUGGUAACUAACAGUGUCUAAACAGAGACCGGACACACUUGGUGAGAUGUUGUAAGUGGUAAUUGAAACACCGGAUUAGAAAGCCCCAGAGUAUCUUUCCAAUGUUGACAUGCUGUUAUCAUAGGAUUCUUUUUAGUCCAUACAGCUCCCCCUAGAAAAUAAGUGUCAUAAAGGCAGGGGUGUUUGUCUGUUUUGUUCAUUGUUGUGUCUUUAGUGCCCAAGGCAGUGCCUGGCACAUAGUAGCUGCUCAAUAAAUAUUGAGUAAAUGAAUAUAUCAGCAGAUAUCAAAUUCACAAUAUUUUUCUGGUAUAGAAUAGACUCUAAUUAAGUGUUUAUUUCAUUGACCUGGAUCAAGCAGGCCAUAAGUCAAAACGGGGCUAAAAUUUGGCAUUGUAUCACCGAGUAAAAAGCUCAGGCCAAUAUUCUGACCGCAUAUGAAGUCAAACUGCUAUCAGCAUUUUAGACCAAUGAUUCUGGAGUUAGGGUGACAUUGCAUCAGCCAGGGACCUGGCAAGAAACUGAAUUGGCUCAGCUGGUUCAAAUGAAGGGUGUAUGUGAAGCAAAGAGUGACAACAGUGGGAAGCCUUAGCCACUGCUUUUGGGACAAUCUAUAGGGAUCCCUGAGGGACCGGGGACAACAUAGAGUUAAGGGAGCCCAAGAAAGGCUGGAACCAUGGAAGACCUACCCCAAAUCAAUGAGGGAGUAGAGGAAAUGCCCCUAUUUCCCUCCCUUCCUGCUUCAAACUAUUGGUGCCUCUAGCCAAACCUACCUGGAAGGCAGCCAGCCAGGGAGCGGAGUGUGCAGACCUCCAGACAAAGCAAGACUGGGAAAGACUGGGCUGGGGGUGUGGCAGGAACAAGACCUGCCAUGUAAAUUCAUUCUGUUUUUCUUAUAUCUUAAUCAUACAAAUAAUACAUAUUCAUUAAAGAAAAUGUAGAGAUCAAACCAGCAGUCUUCAUGUUUUAGCUUUUUCCUCCUCCUUUUUCUGUUCUUUCAUUUGCUUGUAAAGGAUUCAGUAAUGUUUAUUCAGAAUAAACAGAAAUCAAUUUGGUUACACUUGUUUCUUGACCUAAUUCCGAUUCAACCUGCAGUGGAACAGAGAGCUCUUUUUCCUUUCCUUUGUUGUGUUAACAUAAACAAGUUACUUCAUGUACCUCUGUGGGAACGGGGAAUUAGGCAAGUGUUUAGACUCUCAAAAACUUUCAGCAAGUUUGGCUGUCAGCUUGGAUACCAAGUCAUUAAAUAUAAGAUGAAAGAUGAGUCCGACUGGGCUUAUUCUCUAAGACUGGAAAGUGAACCAUAAGUGAAGGCAGCUUCAUGUAGCUUGAUUUUACUGUCAACAUAAAGUUGCUAUCCACUUUUAAUUUUAAUUGAAGGACAGUGUGAAACUAAGGGGAAAGAGAAUUUAGGAAAAUAGUGCAAAUGCUUAUGUACACAAUUGUUGGUAGUUUACAUCGGCAGUGUGGGACGCUGCUUCACAGCACUUAUCAUACUUGUCAUUUUUUUGUUGGAGGCUUAAAGCCCAUGUCCAUUCACUGUGCCCAGCAUGAGGCCUGACGUUCAGUAGGUCUGGUACAUAAGGGUGAGUAAGUGGUGAUUGCCAGUUCAAGUGGAGAGAAGGUGUGAAGGAAGAAAGAUCAGCAGGAUGUUGCCGUGUGCCUGGAAGUUCUGAAAGCUAAAGGUCAGAACUUUAUGGCAACAGAGGGUAUUCAAGGCCAUUGUAACACCAAUAUACUCAGGUCAGUGAACUCCAUUGCCUUCUUUAGUUGAAAAAAAAAUCCUGGAAAGUAGUAAGUCAUCUCAACUCAUUUAGAGAGAAGUGAGUUCUGCUUUCCUGGAGUGGAAUCUAUAUUUGGCCUUUACAAGUAUCUCCGUCAAUGGGAUUGUUUCCAUGACUUGGUGCAGGAGACCAAGUGAAUAUGAGCACAAACCACCCCCCUUCAGUUCUAGAAAGCAUAUAGGCUACCCUGAGAUAAAUCAUCUGCUCACAGGUCUUACGUCUUAGAGGUUAAGCUGUCAACUAUUAUGACAUUGAACGUAGCCUUAGGAGUGGGGGAAGAAGACCGAUUGUGAUGAGUCCAAGGAUGGUAAUUGCUGGAGGUCGGGCGGGGGUGGGGGGAGUCUGAACCAGUUCAGAGAUUGAUUCCUGUUUGCUCCCAGAAGCUUGUCUGUGUAUCCCCAGCAAGCUAUAUUCCCUCCUCUGCUGCUCUUGAGAAUUACCUCUCGCAACCUACCACCCCUAGGUCUAUGGGAAGGGGUAGGGGGCAGUUGGCCAGGUUGAGCUGAGCCCUCCCCUUCAUUCCAUUGCAGCUGUGGGUUUGUGUCCAGAAAAGAGGAGGAAAGGCUAGCAACUGGAGUUUGCCUCUCUCCUCUGCCAGGAUGAGAAAUUCCUUUACAAGCCUCCAUAAAGGUGAUGUAAGUCUCAAUGGCUGUUACUCUGAAACUAUAAGAUAAUCUUGUUUUAAUUGGUAUUUUGGAAAAUACAUUCUGCUGUAAGAUUUCACAGAGCAUCCAAGCCUUUUCUUCCAGUGCAUUUUUUAGAGUAUUUCAAAAGUAUAGAUUGUGUUGAAUGCCUUUACUUAUGAAUGGAUUAGAUGUGUAUUAUCUCCUGGAGAAAAAUGUGUCUGGAAGCCGACUGCAUUCUUCCACGGAUAAUUAGUUCAUUGUGCUGAGCACAGCGAGUCCUCCGAUGGUGUCCUUAGAGAUGGGACUGGUAGAUUAUCGAAAGCAAGAGGCUCUUUGCAACAUAUUUGCUUGCUUGAUAUCUAAAAAUUGUUCAAAAAUAACUAAGACUUGGUUGUAUUGUCUCUGGGAAAGAAAAACCAAGUAUCCUAAUCAAAGAACUGAGUGACAAAUUGAGCUAACGAUUGUCACAGACGCAGAAAAAUGAUCCCAGGGAGGAAUGCUUGAAACAGCAAGAUUUUAGAGUCUGGAACGUGUGCCCUUGAAGGCCAUCUCAGUUCAUGUCAUGGCCGACUGUUGAAAGGACGAUGGAGAUGUUAAAUCAUAACUUGAUUGCAAGGGAAAGGCAGGCCAUGCAAAAUAGUGUGAUGGGCACCAGUUGCGUCUUGAAGUGCCAUCAGCUGUAACCAAAGUUCCAGAUCCCAAGACCACAACCAGGCGUUCCUGCCCUCAAGAACUGAAGACGAUGGAGCUCUCUGAUAGUGACCGACCCGUCAGCUUCGGUUCCACGUCGUCCUCGGCCUCUUCUCGCGACAGCCAUGGUUCCUUCGGCAGCAGAAUGACCUUAGUUUCAAAUAGCCACUUGGGCUUGUUUAACCAGGAUAAGGAGGUAGGGGCCAUAAAACUGGAGCUGGUUCCGGCCAGGCCGUUUUCCAGCAGUGAGCUGCAGAGGGACCACCCCGCCGCCGGGCAACAGAACGCAGACGAAGGCAGCGAAAGGCCGCCCAGGGCGCAGUGGAGAGUGGACUCGAACGGGACACCCAAGAUGACCACAGACUCGGCCACCAGCCCCAAGCUCCUCUAUGUGGAUAGAGUUGUUCAGGAAAUUCUGGAGACCGAAAGGACUUAUGUGCAAGAUUUAAAAAGCAUCGUAGAGGAUUACCUUGACUGCAUCAGGGACCAAACAAAACUUCCCCUGGGGACUGAAGAAAGAUCAGCCCUUUUUGGAAACAUACAGGAUAUCUACCACUUCAAUAGUGAACUUCUGCAAGAUUUGGAAAACUGUGAAAAUGAUCCUGUGGCCAUAGCAGAGUGUUUUGUGUCCAAGAGUGAAGAGUUCCACAUUUAUACCCAGUAUUGCACUAACUAUCCAAGAUCCGUGGCUGUGCUAACAGAGUGCAUGAGGAACAAGAUACUGGCCAAAUUCUUCAGGGAACGUCAGGAAACUCUGAAGCACUCGCUGCCUCUGGGGUCCUAUCUCUUGAAACCAGUGCAGCGGAUUCUCAAGUAUCAUCUCCUUCUGCAUGAAAUAGAAAAUCACCUUGAUAAGGACACAGAAGGCUAUGAUGUGGUGCUUGAUGCUAUAGACACAAUGCAGCGAGUCGCCUGGCACAUCAAUGACAUGAAGCGGAAACAUGAGCACGCGGUCCGGUUACAGGAGAUACAGAGUUUGCUCACUAACUGGAAGGGGCCAGACCUGACCAGCUAUGGGGAACUGGUGCUUGAGGGAACCUUCCGCAUCCAGCGAGCCAAGAAUGAGCGGACACUCUUCCUCUUCGACAAGCUGCUGCUCAUCACGAAGAAGAGAGACGACACGUUUACAUACAAAGCUCACAUCCUGUGUGGCAACCUCAUGCUCGUGGAGGUGAUUCCGAAGGAGCCGCUCAGCUUCAGCGUCUUCCACUACAAGAAUCCCAAGCUGCAGCACACAGUCCAGGCCAAAUCCCAGCAAGACAAACGCCUCUGGGUUCUGCACCUAAAGAGACUGAUUCUGGAGAAUCAUGCAGCCAAGAUCCCAGCUAAGGCCAAGCAAGCAAUCCUUGAAAUGGAUGCCAUUUAUCAUCCAGGCUUCUGUUACAGUCCUGAGGGAGAGAUGAAAGCACUGUAUGGCUCUAAAGAAGGUUCUGCUCCGUAUCGGCUGAGAAGAAAAUCUGAACCUUCCUCACGAUCACAUAAAGUUUUGAAGACUAGUGGAGGUACAUUUUCAUUCUCCAACUUGAAAAAAGAAACCUUCUAUUUUUCAGAAACAGCACAAGACAUCCAAAAGGUUUCUAGAGAGGAAGGAUCUCCCCAGCUGACUUCAGCAAGGCCAUCUCCUGCCCAGAGAAACAGUCAGCCCAGCAGUUCCGCCAUGAUCAGCGUGCUUCGAACGGGUGGAGCCCUCAGAAACAUCUGGACCGAUCACCAGAUCAGGCAAGCCUUGUUUCCCAGCCGGCGGUCCCCGCAGGAGAACGAGGAUGACGAAGAUGAUUAUCAGAUGUUCGUGCCGUCCUUUUCCUCCUCAGAUCUGAACUCUACCCGACUAUGUGAAGACAGCACUUCUAGUCGCCCUUGCAGCUGGCACAUGGGACAGAUGGAGUCCACAGAGACCUCCAGCUCUGGUCACAGGAUUGUCAGGCGGGCCAGCAGUGCUGGGGAGAGCAACACGUGCCCUCCUGAAAUAGGACCUAGUGACAGAACUAGGGAACUGCAGAACGGCCCCAAAACAGGAGGGCAGGAGGAAAUGGCUCCCUUUGGGUCAUCCAUCGAGUUGACCAUUGAUGACAUUGACCAUGUCUAUGAUAACAUCAGUUAUGAGGACCUAAAACUAAUGGUUGCUAAGCGGGAAGAAGCUGAAUCCACGCCCUCUAAAUCAGCCAGGGACUCUGUUCGCCCCAAGAGCACCCCAGAGUUAGCCUUCACAAAGAGGCAAGCUGGCCACAGUAAGGGCUCUCUUUACACACAAAAAGAUGGCGCUCUCUCAGGUGGAGAAGCAUCCAGCCAAAGCACGCAUGAACUCCAAGCGGUUGAGGAGAACAUCUAUGACACCAUAGGGCUCCCAGAUCCUCCGUCGCUGGGUUUUAAGUGCAGCAGCCUAAAGCGUGCAAAGCGGAGCACCUUUUUGGGACUGGAGGCUGACUUCGUGUGCUGUGACAGCCUGAGGCCGUUUGUUUCUCAAGACAGCCUCCAGUUCAGUGAGGACGAAGCCCCUUACCAUCAGGACAUCCCUGAUCAUGAUUAUCUGAGUUUGCUGUACGACUCUCCCAGCUGUAACCUGUCUAUGCCUGAUAAGCCUGUAUCUGAUAAACUGUCCGAAGAAGUAGAUGAAAUCUGGAAUGACCUGGAAAAUUACAUCAAGAAAAACGAAGACAAGGCCAGAGACCGUCUCCUGGCAGCAUUUCCUGUGAGCAAGGAUGAUGUGCCAGACAGGCUGUACGCAGAGAGCACCCCUGAGCUGAGCCGGGAGGCAGGGCGCUCUGUGUCCACACUAUCCCUGCCCGAGAGCCAGGCUCUCCUCACGCCUGUGAAGAGCAGGGCCGGCAGAGCCAGCCAUGCCAACUGCCCCUUUGAGGAAGACCUGAUUUCUAAAGAAGGCUCUUUUAUGAGCCUUAACCGGCUUUCUCUGGCCAGUGAAUUGCCCCUCAUGGACAAUCCCUAUGACCUGGCCAACAGUGGCCUGUCUCAAACAGACCCAGAAAACCCUGACCUGGGGAUGGAGGCCACAGAUAAGACAAAAAGCAGGGUGUUUAUGAUGGCUCGGCAGUACAGUCAGAAGAUUAAGAAGGCAAAUCAACUUUUAAAAGUGAAAAGUCCGGAGUUGGAGCAGCCGCCGGCCAGUCAGCAUCAGAAAUCCAUGCACAAAGACCUGGCUGCCAUCUUGGAAGAGAAGAAGCAAGGAGGGCCCGCCAUUGGUGCCAGGAUUGCUGAGUAUUCCCAGUUGUAUGACCAGAUUGUAUUCAGAGAGUCUCCCUUGAAAAUUCAGAAGGAUGCCUGGGCCAGCCCUCAAGAAUCCUCCCUCCUGAGGUCUGCGUCACCUUCCCAGGUCCACCAUGGUAGUGAAGAUUGGCUUCUGCAUUCAACCUAUAGUAAUGGAGAGUUAGCAGAUUUCUGUCUCCCACCAGAGCAAGACUUGAGGUCAAGAUAUCCCACGUUUGAGAUCAACACAAAAAGUACUCCCAGGCAAUUGUCCGCAGCUUGCUCUGUACCUUCUCUUCAAACCUCCGACCCUCUGCUGGGCUCUGUGCAGAGAUGCAGCGUGGUAGUAAGUCAGCCCAGCAAAGAGAACUGGUGUCAGGACCAUCUUUACAACUCCUUAGGUCGGAAAGGGAUCAGUGCAAAAUCUCAGCCUUAUCACAGGUCCCAGUCAUCUUCCUCCGUCUUGAUAAACAAAUCAAUGGACUCCAUCAACUACCCUAGUGACAUGGGAAAGCAGCAGCUGCUGUCUUUACACAGAAGUUCAAGGUGUGAGAGUCACCAGGACUUACUGCCAGAUAUUGCUGACUCGCAUCCACAGGACACUGAAAAAAACUCAGAUCUCACACUCCAAGACUCACAGAAAGUUGUGGUGGUCAAUAGAAAUUUACCCUUAAAUGCCCAAAUUGCAACACAGAACUAUUUUUCCAAUUUCAAAGAGACUGAUGGAGAUGAAGAUGACUAUGUGGAAAUCAAGUCAGAAGAAGAUGAGUCAGAGUUGGAGCCAUCUCACAAUCGUAGAAGGAAAUCUGACUCAAAGUUUGUGGAUGCUGACUUUUCUGAUAAUGUCUGCAGCGGCAAUACAUCGCAUUCCUUGAAUAGUCCGCGCACUCCAAAAAAGCCAGUUAACAGCAAACCUGAGCUUUCACCAUAUCUGACACCAUAUAAUGAUUCUGACAAACUGAAUGACUAUCUUUGGAGGGGGCCAUCUCCCAAUCAACAAAAUAUUGUCCAGUCUCUAAGGGAAAAAUUUCAGUGUCUCAGUUCAAGCAGCUUUGCUUAAGGUUCUUCAUAAUAACUGCCUGAAUCAACUUCUUAUUUUGCUCAUAAAACAUUAUAGAUACUGAUGAGGUGUUUUAUGUGUACCAGAUUAAAACAAUUUUGUAAGAACCAGAGGUGUAAAAUAUACUUUCUUUUACAGCACAACUUUUUGAAAUGGCUGACGAUGCAGCCAGGAUUGUACUGUAGCACAUGUUGGCAUCAACAGUAUAUUUUCUCAUGCUGAGUGUCUUCAUGUUUCAUGUAAGUCAAUCUUACUUGAAAUUUUUUAGACUUUUAACACGAUGGCCAUAACCUGACAAUAGUGCCCACACCUUAAGAAUGCAAUAAUCCUUUCCUAUUAUCCAGAAGGCCCAGGUAGUUUUAUCCUGUGACUUAAAGGCAGCAAGGAGACUUUGUCACGUUUUAAAAGGCAACGAAAGCUGUUGAAAGAAUUAUGCUUAUAUCUCACAUUUUGGUUAUAUUUGUGGCAAGACCUUAGGAUAACGUAAGCCAGAGAUCUGUAAUUGGUGUGUAGUCUGAGGUGCCCAUUUUAGAGUUUUUGUGGUGGUAUUCUUUUAUUUCAUUUUGAUGCAGAAAUUGUGUGACUGUUGAAAAUCAAAAUGUAGCAGGACCCAUUUUCUGUACGCAAAACCCCUUACCACUAUUCCUGGACAAGGCCUAGAGAAUGAGCUGCUCAUCAUGUUUAUACAUAAUUUCUGGGGUGAAAUGAAUGAUUUCCUUAAUGACUUAGAGAAAACCAAGGUCAAUAAGAUGCAGACUGACUUAACUAUUAGAAAAGAUGAUCUGGGCACAGUGGCUCAUGCCUGUAAUCCCAGCACUUUGGGAGGGUGAGGGGGGUGGAUCACGAGGUCAAGAGAUCAAGACCAUCCUGGCCAACAUGGUGAAACCCCGUCUCUACUAAAAAUACAAAACAAAACAAAACAAAAAACAGUCGAGCAUGGUGGCACCUGCCUGUAGUCCCAGCUACUCGGGAGGCUGAGGCAGGAGAAUCCCUUGAACCCAAGAGGUGGAGGUUGCAAUGAGCUGAGAUGAUGCCAUUACAUUCCAGUCUGGUGACACAACGAGACUCCGUCUCAAAAAAAAAAAAAAAAAAAAAGAUGGGAUGACCUUCUGGGAACCAUUUGAUUACCUCUUCAAAUGACAGACAGUUGAAAGAGAAAAAACAAAACUGAAAUCCCACCAGACCAUGUUGUGUGCCUGUUUCUAAUCAAUACAAAGUUAAGUAUGAGCUAAAAUCAGACAAAGCACUUUAAACUUACCCUUUCCAGAGCAGCUUUGCAUAUGCAUCCUCCUGAGUUUGGGAUUCUGCCAAAUGACCUCCUUGAUCCUGGCCCUGAGGAGUCAUUGGCUGCAGGAAUGGGGCAAGAAUCUAUUUCCUAAACCACACAUAACAUGGGAGCCUUUUUUCAUUGUUUUCAGGUAUAUAAAAGAAUGAAAUCUUUGGUUACUAGGUGCUGACUAACACCUUUUAUGUUCUGACCAUUUGUGACAUUUCAUUGUGACACUGUGUACUAAUCUAACUCCUUAGGCAACAAAAAAAACAAAAAUAAGACAUUUUGAAUAAAAAGCAAAAUCAAAGAAGCUAAAAAGAAAAAUGAAGGCAGAUAAAUUGUGACUUUAUAAACAUAUUCGAUUUUAUUGAAGAUUGCAGUUAAUGCAGCAAGAAUGCUUUCUCAAGCAGUGGCCUUUGUAUUCUCAUUUUAAUCAGGUGUACAUUCUACAGCCUCUCUACCAUGCUCUUAGUUUCUAUUUUAAAAGAUACAAUAAUAUAUGUAGGGAAAGAGGCCUGGGCUCUUCAUUUAAAGGUAAGCAGUAAUAUUGAGUAAGUGACAUAAUUCUUUCUCUUUGUAAGUCCUAUGCCUCUUUUUCUUAACUGUAAAACAUAAAAUAUGAGCAUUUUUAUCUUACAAAUAGGUACCUAAGGCAUUUGAUUUUCUUUUUAAAUAACAAAAAAUAACCCAAGUUUCUUGCUUCUCCAAAGUAUUCUUCUUAUAGCUUAUAAAGGAAAGUCCACAUUGAAUGGCAUGGUCUGGAAACAUUCCUUCUUUAUUGUCUUUAUUUGAACAUGAUAUGAGUUUUCAAGAUGAAACAAUCAAAAAUAAGUACCACAAGAAAGUUUUUUUGUUUGUUUGUUUUGUUUGUUUCUUGAGACCAAGUCUCACUCUUUGCCCAAGCUGGAGUGCAAUCUUGGCUCACUGCAACCUCCACCUCCCCGGUUCCAGUGAUUCUCCUGCCUCAGCCUCUUGAGUAGCUGGGAUUACAGGUGCCCACCACCACACCUGGCUAAUUUUUGUGUUGUUAGUAGAGACGGGGUUUCAUCAUGUUGGCCAGGCUGGUCUCAAACUCGUGACCUCAUGAUCCAUCCGCCUCGGCCUCCCAAAUUGCUGGGAUUACAGGCAUGAGCCACUGCACCCGGCCAAGAAAGUAUGUUCUUAGAGGUGUGUGUAAGUGCAUUUGUAGUACCUAUGAGCAAAAUCACCUGACUCUUGUCCCAGGAAAGCUGUUUCGCAUUUUCGCUUUUUGGUUAGUAUUAUCCGAUUCUAUAUAGUUCAUAUUACUGCUCUGUCUGACUCAGAAAUUACUUCUUCACGCCAGUGUCUUGUUGCAUGACUUUGAUGUCACCCAUAGGAAUACACCUCACUGCACAUAAGUGGGUAUCUUACUGUAUAAAAUGUCUACAUGGCUUUAGGUUUUAGGACAAAUGUAGAUUUAUAGAUCAUUUCUGUUGACCAGGACACAGGUUUUGAGAGCUGUGUGUAUAUAUAUAAUCAUGUUUGUAUUUUUUUCCUGAAAGUUAUCAAUUGUUUUUGUUUAAAAUAGUUUGUUUUAGAGGUGGGGUGGGGAUGUAUAUAACAGGGAAAAGUUAUAUGUACUUUAAAGUAUGUCAAGUUCUUACUAGUUUUCUGUACUGCAGGUUCAAUUUUUUUUUAUAUAAGUUUACUUUUCACUUGCUCUAUUCUUUGUGGGGAAAAAAAAAUGCAUCUAGGAAAACAUAGUUUAAAUACUGUAUAUAAGAUAAUGAAAGUUAGUAACGCCCAUUAUUUAAUAAAGUUUGUAAAGUACAAAGUAA